UAUGAGGAGGAGCUCCAUCGCCAUGUGGUGCGGCAGAUCGACGGCGCGACGGCCGCGGCGCUGUUCAGGGCGGACGGCCCCUCCGAGGGGAAGGCGGCGGGCGGCGAGCCCCAGCAGUCGGAGGCGUCUCGCGCCGGCGUGUCGUGGGGCCUGUGGGUGAACACCGCCCGCAACCCGCGGCUGCGCGUUGUGGAGUGGCCGGGGCUGGGGGUGGCGAUCGAGGUGCCCAAGCAGAUCGCGCUGGCAAACGUCGCGCUGCGCGUGCUGCGGCUCCCGUUCGACGACCGCCGCGGCCGCUGCUCGCGCGGCCUGGCGGCGGUCGGCGGCGUGCUGCGCGCGGAGCUGCUUGCGCUGCCGCCGCCGGCGCGGCGCGCGGGCGGGUGGGUGGUCAGGCAGAUGACGCCCCUGGUCACAGGCGUGUCUGUCGUGCCCUACCCCAUCCCGCCGGCCGGCACCGACCCCGCCGCCUGGAGGGCCCAGGAGCCGGCGGCGCCGCUGACGUUCACGAUGCCCAUCCCCGAUGACGUCAUCGUGCCCCUGGACUAUGGCGGGGAGCGCGACGCCGGCGCCGCUGCCGCUGCUGCCGCCGCUGCUGCUGCUACUGCUGACGGGGCUGACCCCGCUGCUCGCGGCGGCGCCGCCACUGGCGCUGGCGACGAAGCGGCGGAAAACGAGGCGGCAGCGGCAGCGGCUGCGCGGGAGCAGGAAGGAGCGACGGCGGAGAGCGAGCAGCGGCGGCAGCAGCAGCAGCAGCUGCCAGAGCCGCAGCCCAGGGUGGGCUGGUGGGAUGAUGCGGCGGGCUGCUGGAGCGAGGAGGGCAUAAGCGGCAUCCGCUUCCAGCCCGGCCGCCGCCUGCUGACCUUCAGCACCGCACGCCUCGGGACGCUGGCGCUGCUCGCGCCGCGCGCGCGGCUGCUGCCGUACCGCUCCUGGGACCUGCGGCCGACUGGCGGGCUGGGCGGCGCCACGGUGGCGCUUACCCUGCGGCCGUGCGCCCCCCUGCCAGAGCCCCUAGUCAUCGACAUCGGGCCGGCCUGGGCGCGCCUCGCGUCCCCUGACCUUCCGGAGCUCUGCGGCCUGAUCGGGCGGCAGCUGCCGCCGUGGCAGCUGCUGCAGCGACUGGCAGACGCGGGGCUCCACCUGCUGCCGGACACUGGCGCUUGCGGCGGCGGGGGCUUGGUCGGCGGGGGUGCAGAGGAGGCGGCCAGGGCUGAUAGGGGGGGCAAGGAUGAGGAAAUGGAGCGGGCCAUGUGCAACGAUGUCUCGCGGAUCUGCGGGGCAUUCCUGGUGGCCUCCAGCCGCUGGAACGGGGCCCUGGGGCGCUCCCGCUGCUGCUGCAGGCUCAGCGAGGUCACAGACUGGGAGGAGGGCGGCCGCACCGGCCCGGGCCACGCGGCAAGGAUUUUUUCAAAGGAGCGGGACUCGGGGGAGCGGCGCGUGCUGUUAGCCGUCAGGGAGGGGACCGAGGGGGUCGCGUUUUCAGACGCCCCCGACAGGGGCGCCGGCCCGCCGCAGCCCCCGGACUUUGAGUCCGUCGAGGCCGUCGUCGCCGCGGCCAAGGACCCGCGGGGGCAGCUGCACUUCGACCUCCCAUCCCUGCUCGCCGGCCCCCCACCGGAGCUGGCGCCGCACCCCCGCGCCCCCGCGCUGCGCGCGGGCCCCGCGGCGCUCGAGGCGGCGGCGGCGUUUGACGCGGCGGUGUCGGAGGCGGUGGCGCGCGUGCUGUGCGCGCUGCGGCCGUUCAGCAACGGGUGA